AUGCUGUCGCUCUUCCGCUAUAAUGAUCCGCACAUCGAGAACCUUUUUAUGCAAUAUGCGGGCUUUGCAGGCUGUUCGGGGAGCGGUAACGGACCAGCCAUCAUGGCCUGUCUUCGUGCAGCAUCGACAAAAACGAUCGCGACUGCGGGAAGCAAACUUUUGGCCAACUUGACGUCGGCUUUAUUUCCCAUCGGCCCAAUCUUCGACGGUUCUUUCCUGCGCGAAAGACCUGUCGAAGCAUUUCAAAACGGCCACUUCGUCCGCGUCCCCGGAAUCUUUGGCUCCAACACUAACGAGGGUGAUCAUUGGUCCGCUGAACUGGACAAUCCCCUCGCAAACACUUCGAUGCCCAAUGCGACACAAACGACGGUCUACAACUUCCUUGCCGGGCAAUACCUCGACUUGUCCCGCUCGUCUUUUGACACAGCGGUCGCACAAUUCUAUCCCUUGACCGACUACAAUGGCUCGUUCAGCCUCCAAGGACAGCAGAUGUAUGGCGAGAUGCGCUACAUAUGCAGUGCCCUCUCUGUCGGCGGGGCCUUGAACGUGUCUGGUGUGCCCUCCUGGCAGUUCCACUGGGACAACCCCACCCUCGGCUCUUCCCACGGCGACGAGCUCAACGCCUUCUUCGAAGACGACGCGGGCAACGAUAACGCCAACGAAGCGGUAGUCGUAGCGAUACGCGAGUUCUGGAACUCGUUUGCCGUGUCAGGCUCCCCGCUUUCGCCGUCUGCCUCUGUUUUGUGGACGGAAAACGGUCUCGAGGGAGGCCCGCGAAUACUGUUCCAUCCCUCGCAGGUCGCUAUGGAGCCGGUCGACCCAAAGUUGGGUGCGCGAUGUGCGUUUUGGCACUCGCUGAGCACAGAACUUGCAAUCUGA